CGUUUUGUUUCUGUUAGCUUCGUUAUUUAGAAACACAACCAUUUUCUUGUUUUGACAUCACCAAACUGCGAUUUAUUAGUGACAUCCACAUAGUCUGUCCACUAUGAGUGGGGGUUUAGCUCCAAGCAAAAGCACAGUUUAUGUAUCAAAUCUACCAUUCUCUCUGACAAACAGCGACCUGCACAAGUUAUUCACAAAGUAUGGAAAAGUUGUAAAGGUUACAAUAGUUAAGGAUAAAUUCACCCGGCAGAGUAAAGGAGUGGCGUUUGUCCUCUUCUUGGAUAGAGAAGCAGCUCACAAUUGUGCAAGAGCAGUGAACAACAAACAGUUAUUUGGCAGAACAGUUAAAGCCAGUAUCGCUGUAGACAAUGGGCGAGCAGCAGAGUUUAUAAGGCGACGGAACUACACGGACAAGACCAAAUGUUAUGAAUGUGGGGAAACGGGACAUCUGAGCUAUGCAUGUCCUAAAAACCUGCUUGGCGAGAGGGAACCACCAAAAAAGAAAGAAAAGAAGAAGAAGAAAAGGCCUCAACAACCUGAGCAUAUUGAAGAAGAUGAAGAAAGUGAAGAGGAGGGAGAAGACCCUGCCCUGGAUAGCUUAAGCCAAGCCAUAGCUUUUCAGCAAGCUCACAUGGAGGAAGAGGAGAAGAAAAAGAAAAGGCAAGCGGAAGAGGACAAUGCCCAUGCCUCGACAUCCUCAGACUCUAAGAAACCAAGGAUUAAAAAGAGCGCAUACUUCAGUGACGAAGAGGAACUGAGUGACUAAUACACAGACUUUUAAACCGCAUACAUAUUUAUCAAAUUGUUUUCUGGUGAAGUCAUGUUCUAUGUUCUUCAAAUAUUUUGUUAAUAAAACUAUCUUUGCUUA